ACCUUUAUUUAUAAAGCGCUGUAAAUUUACACAACGCUGUCCAUACAAUCUUUUAGUUAGACGGUUCCCUGCCCUUGGGCUUUGGGAGUUGGGAGGCAAUCCCAAAGACUCAGGCACCUUUGGCACUAACUGAAAGAAAGAAGUUGGCAGCUUUCGUAAACUUGGGUCUUACAUCCUCAGGUGCAUUUGGGGAAAUCCUGUCUGAAAUACCAAUUUGGAUCUGAAAUGAAGUAGACUAAAGUCUAGGGAAGCUCCUGCUGCCAACUUCUUUCUUUCAGUGAGUCUCAAAGGUGCUGCAAGAUCUUUCUACCGAGUGAUCCUACAGACUAACAGGGCUAUGUCUUUGAAUUCUAUAUAUAUAUAGAAUAUAUAUAGAUUUGGGAUUCCCGAAAGAUUCGGGAUUCACAAAAUACACAAGAAUGAUGGAGCGAAGGUUUUGCACGCCUUCGCACCAGAGUCAGAGGCGUCCAGUUUUUGCAGCCGCAGCAGAAACCAGGGCUGUUGCACCUUGGCACAUUUUGCUCCCAUGCGCAGACAGGUUGUUGUUCAGGAGAGUCCGGUGGAUGUGCCUGGGGCCGUUCUGGAUGGGUGUCCUCCCUUUUUUAAGGCGUUUUCCCUUUGACCCCAUGCACUGCUAUGGGUUGUUAUUUGGGUGUGGAAGCCCAGCCUUAGGGUGAAACAUGGGCAGCCAUUUGACAGGAAAGUAUAGUAGUCAGACUUUGGGAGGAGGACCUGUGGAGAGAUCUCAAGGUCUUUCCUUUAUUGCUAUCCUGCCUUUUAUGUAUUAUUUGUUUUAUUGUAUUGGAUUUCUGUCCUGCCUGGGAUUGAAGGUGGUUCACGGAUUAGACGCCAGGUGUCCAAAAGGCAGGACUGGGUGUCCCUUUGGAGACGCUGGCUGUUGUUGCAGAUCGAUGCCUCGGCGGCACAGAACGCUCUGUACCCUCCUCAUCCAGCCAGGGCUGGCUUUCAUCAUUUCUUUCCCUUGCUUUUUGGCACGGAGGACCAGUGGGAUUUCGCAGCCUAGUUUAAUAGCUUUCAGGUGCUUCUUCCCCAGAUGUGUGGAAAUGUCUCCACAGCCCAGUGUUCUUGCAAAGAGUUGCCAAGGAUCUGGUGGGAAUCUUGCUUGAUAUCUUUGAUGGCAACCAUGGAGUCCUCCAACAGCGUUUCUUCCCGCGAGUCUUUAUAUUCCGUUGAGAGUGAAGAGGAAGAGGAAGAGCAGCAGCGCUGCGUCGACUUUCAGGUCUUCCUUUCGGAAAGCGAGAGCGACACAGAGAAGGAGUCAGCACCCGUGAGACACCAACGAGACGGACCGGAUGGCCGGGGCUUUUUCUUCUCCACAAGAUCGGGACGGACUAACCCAGCUUUGCUCUGCCACAACCGUAAGCGCCGUGUGCGGAAGCCGCUGGGCUUGUUGGCUUCGGCCAAGCCCCAGGCCAUGAUGGGCCCCUGUUGCCAUUAUCCGGUGGCCGUGGAGGACACAUACUGUGACCGCUUGAUGGAUACAGAAGGCAGCCCACUCAGGCCAGUCAGUGGCCAGAAGAGGCUGGAAGGGUCCAGUGGCCGCAAGCGGUCAAGCAACACCUUGGGAGGUGGCCCAAACCACGCUUACGUGUCCCAACUGUCUGCACGAGGGAAAAAGAGGCAGAGGAACGGGGAGACAGAGGAACGGGAAAGUCCACGCUCUCCCUGUUGGACCGAGAAGGACCAUCUCUUCGCACAAAAGUGCUGGGAACUUCAAGGUUUUGUCCGGCCGCUCAUGGAGCUUCUCCGCCGGCUGAGAAUGGGCCGUUUCGACCGAGGGCUCAGUAGCUUCCAGCAGAGUGUGGCCAUGGAUAGGAUCCAGCGGAUAAUUGGUGUCCUUCAAAAGCCAGAGAUGGGAGAGCGAUAUCUUGGCACCCUUCUGCAAGUGGAGAGGAUGCUGAAAGUCUGGUUCCCCCACAUUGCUUUAAAGAACUCGUGCGCCGACCACACCGGAGAGGCAGCAGAGAAGAAGUGUGAGGCAACAAAGCAGUCUUCCACACCAGCAGAAAGCACCACAAGGAACAGGCAGGUAGCCUCCCCACAGGGCUCUAGGGAGAGUCCCCCGACGGAGGAGCUGCUCCAGACGCACCUCACAGACUCACCCGAGGAGGACAAACCCAGCCCUCCGGGGGAAGGAGAGCCCUUACGCUUCCUGGGCGACUGGCCGGCCAUGAACCUGACCUGGAUCCACACCUCGCCCAUUUCGAACCCUCCUCUGGGCCACGUGGGCUUUGGCCAGGCGAACUCCACCUUCGGCCAGGCCUUCCUGCAUCCCGGUGCCCAGCCCUACGGGGUAGUUGUCUUCCUUCCAAACCCAGCUGCUGUUGCCCCAGGGGCCUUUGCCCGCGCCACGUCCAUGGCCUCCGUCCCGGCUUCCUUGGCCUGCUGCCACUCCAGCGCACCACUUCCGCGAUGCCAGAGUCUGCCCAGCGCCGUCAUGGCCGGAGGCCAUCCUGUGAAAGGGACCCUCGGGGGUCUCUCUCGGUCUCUGCCCAACUUGCCUGCCUCCAGCGCGGCCUCAGAGGGACAGAAAAUGGCUGCCUAUCACUGCCACUCCUGAAACUUUUGAGCUGUUUGUGUCUCCCAAAAUGUGUGAAUUUAUUUUCUUCCCUUUUUUAAAAAACAAAAAAACCCCUUUGCUUUCCUCUGUCCUGUAUUUUUUACUUUAUUUUUUUAUUUUUAACUUAAAAAUGUUUCAUUGUACAUCCGAGAGAUGUUGCAAAGCCUGGCUUUGGAAGAAUGUUUGGUUUCAAUAAAAGCCGCGGCGGUGGCUGUCAAUGA